GGGUGGGGCUCCGGGCGGAGUAGAGUCCAGCAUGGCUGCAGCCUUCCUGGACGAGGAGGACGCCCACUCCGUCCUGCGGCGCGUCCCCCGGGCCAACGGCGCCCUGGAGGAGCUGCGUCCCGGCAGCCUGGAGAGGGAGUGUGUGGAGGAGAGCUGCAGCUUCGAGGAGGCCCGGGAGGUGCUGGAGAGCAAGGAGCGCACCAUGGAGUUCUGGAAAUCCCGCAGUGUGUACACGGUGAGCGGCGGCGGCGGCGGGUCGGAGCGGGCCGACAGCCUGCACCUGGCGGCGCCGCUGGUGGGCGUGGCCCUGCUGCUCGCCGUCGGCCUCUUCCUGCUGUGGAGGUGUCAGCUGCACAAAGCCACGCGGCGCCGGCCCGCCUACGCCCACAACCGCUACCUGGCCGGCGGCCGCGGCGCCCGCGCCCUGCCGCGCGUCCCGGCCGCCCCCGGCCACGGCGAGGCCCCGCCCCCCGGGGCGGCGCCGGGCUCCCGGCGGCAGAACGCCGGCGCCCUGUACGUCCGGGACGCCGCCUCGGAGGCGUCCCGCCUGUCCGGGGCCACGCCCCCUCCGUCCUACGAGGAGGCGACGGCCCACCUGGACAGCAGCGGGGACGAGAGCGAGCCCCCGCCCCUGUACCACCACAUCGACGACCAGUCCUCUCACCUGUGGACACAAGAACCUCCAGAGCCGGAGAACUGUGAGAACCACGAGAACCACCCACACCACAACCCAUCCUGA